AUGAAGGUCGCCUUCAAGACGCUCAAGGGCUCCAUGUUCCACGUCGACGCCGCGCCCGACAUGCUCGUCUCGCGGGUCAAGGAGCUGGUUGCCGCAUCGGAGCACGGCACCAAGGACGGCUGGGAGGCGGAGGGCAUCAAGCUCAUCUUCCAAGGCAAGGUGCUCGACGGCGGCCGCGACCUCGCCUCGUACUCGAUCAAGGAGAACGACUUCAUGCACGCGGCCGCGAUCCAGUCCCUCUGCGACAUGGGCUUCCCGCGCGACCAGGUUGCCGCCGUGCGGAGCGCCGACGAGCCGCAAGCGGCGCUGCAAACCUACCUCGGGCAGAUGCGCGAGUCGAACCCGAACCAGCUCGCCCUCAUCCAGGGCAACGCGAGCGAGUUUGCCGCGGGCCUCCUUCAGAACCCCGAGGCGCUGCAGCAGCUGCUGCAGGCGCCCGAGGUGCAGCAGAUGCUGCAGUCGCCCGAGGCCCAGCUCAACGACGAGGACGAGGAGGCCAUCCAGCGGCUCAUGGCGCUCGGCUUCCAGCGAGCGAUAGUCAUCCAGGCGUUUCUGGCGUGCGACAAGAACGAGAACUUGGCGGCAAACUUCCUGUUCGACCAGGGCAGCGACCUCAUGUGA